UAAUCGUCACGGAGACGGGAUUAUGCCAUGGGGAUGAACGUGCCCAGGCUGUGCUGGAGGCGGGCGUCAUGGCACAAGCCAUCCGGUCCUCCGCGGGAAUCUUCCGGUUUGCUCUCUGGUCCGGGUCGGCGUCGGGCGAUGAAGAAACUGGACAAGUCCGUGCUGUUCAAGUGCUUUGGGUGCCUGCGCAGGAAAAAGAGUGAAAGGAUGGAGGCGUCUUGUCUGGAGCUGGCUCUGGAGGGCGAGCGUCUGUGUAAGGUGGGCGACUACGGCGCCGGCGUCUCCUUCUUUGAGUCGGCCAUCCAGGUGGGCACGGAGGACCUGCAGAUCCUCAGUGCCAUCUACAGCCAGCUUGGCAAUGCCUACUUCCAUCUGCAUGACUACACUAAAGCCCUGGAGUACCACCGCCAUGACCUCACCCUGACCAGGACUAUCGGGGAUGAACUGGGAGAGGCAAAGGCCAGUGGUAACCUUGGAAACACACUGAAAAUUUUGGGCCGGUUCGAUGAGGCAGCAGUUUGUUGUCAGAGGCACCUUGACAUCUCUGUAAUGCUCAAUGACAAGGUUGGACAGGCCAGAGCACUGUAUAACUAUGGGAAUGUGUACCAUGCCAAAGGGAAGAGCAUAUGUUGGAGUGGAAUGGACCCUGUAGAAUUUCCGGAAGAAGCCCGAAUAGCACUGAACAAAGCCAUUGAAUACUAUGAGGCUAAUCUGUCCAUUGUCAAAGAGCUGGGUGAUAGAGCAGCCCAGGGCCGAACCUAUGGCAAUCUUGGCAACACGCAUUACUUACUGGGAAACUUCCAGAAUGCAGUAGUGGCCCAUGAACAGCGUCUUCUGAUUGCUAAAGAAUUUGGAGACAGAGCGGCUGAGAGGAGGGCCUACUGUAACCUUGGAAACGCCCAUAUUUUCUUGGGACAGUUUGAACUUGCGGCCGAGCAUUACAAACGCACACUCCAGUUGUCUCGUUCGCUGAAAGAUCGUGCGGUGGAGGCCCAAGCCUGCUACAGUCUAGGCAACACCUACACCCUGCUGCAGGAUUACAGCAGAGCCAUCGACUACCACCUGAAACACAUGCGCAUCGCUCAGGACCUCAAUGACCGGGUAGGGGAGGGCCGAGCAUGCUGGAGUUUAGGGAACGCUCACACGGCGCUGGGCAAUCAUGAGCAGGCCAUGCACUUUGCCCAGAGACACCUGGAGAUCUCCAGAGAGAUCGGGGACCGCAGUGGCGAGCUGACGGCCAGGAUGAACAUCUCGGACCUGCAGCUGGUGCUGGGCCUGAACCACAGCAGCAGCAACUCCCACCUCAGUGUGCACCCCAACAGCACUGCACUCCACAACACCUCCGACCUCGAGGCCAGUCCUCAUGGAGCUCGACCUAGAACUGGAAGAAGGCCGAGCAUGGAGAACAUGGAACUGGUCAAACUCAACCCUGACAAGAAUGCUGAGCCAAGGGUGGAGGGAGAGGCCGCCUCCCCUGCCACCAAACCCUCCAUGGCCAAGACGUCGUCCAAGCUCUUCUUCAUCCGCCGCCUCCGUGGCAGGAAGGCCAAGCGCAGCAGCUCGGGCAAAGUCUUCCAGGACAGCAGCACGUCGGCCCUCCCCAACACCGAUGCCCUUGGCUCGAAGUAUGCCACGGAUACUCUCGGAGACGAGGGUUUUUUCGACCUCCUCAGUCGUUUCCAAGGCAACCGCAUGGAUGACCAAAGGUGCACCAUACAAGAUGGCCACAACUGUAUCCCCUCUACCUCCCUCCCUACCACCCUGUCCGUAGCCUCAAAGAAAUCUACUUCCGCUUCAGACCGCCCAGAGGGCCCGGAACAGCCUGGGCCCUUCCUAGACUUGUUGGCCAGCUCUCAAGCCCGACGCCUGGACGACCAGAGAGCCAGUGUAGGGAGUCUGCCGGGCCUCAGCCAGGCUGUCCUCAGCCAGCUCAUAGCCAGCAAUGACGGCAACCAUCCUGAUGAGGACUUCUUUGACAUGCUUGUUAAGUGCCAGGGCUCCAGACUGGACGAUCAGAGGUGUGCAGCACCUCCUCCCCCCACCAGGGGGCCCACUGUGCCUGACGAGGACUUUUUUAGCCUCAUCCUGCGCUCCCAGGCCAAGCGCAUGGAUGAACAGCGAGUGGUCGUUCCUCCACCACGGCCCAACCCAGACUGAGGUCUCUCUUCUCCUCCUCCUCCUCCUCCUCCUUCUCCUCCUUCUAUGCCCUGAGUCUUGGAGAGGAGGGUUGUCAUAGCUGAAGAGGCCUGAAGAUGUUGUGGCCAGAAAAAAGCGAGGGCUUCCCCAGACUGGGUCUCGGAUGGGUUGCUGUCCUAAUCUCCAUGGAUCAUACCCUGUGCUGCUGGGUAAAGCAGAGAGCUGACUGCAUAUUUUAUAUCUCAUCAGCUCAACCCAUUCUUGAGAUGUUUUUACACAUCUCUCUGCUGUCCUUCCUUUUCUCAUAUUCAAUCGUGUUAUUUCUGAUCUUCACGGGACUGCUCAACAUACAGGAACAAGGACAGUAGCUGAACUGCUGAAUCUGACAAUAUUUUAUUUUUGUAUCUGAAGAUGGAGGUUCGCUUAACUGUGUUGUUAUGUUAGUUUUAUUGUAAUUGUAUGGUUUUAAGUCCCAAACCCUUUUUUAAAGAGCAGGUCGUCUUCACACUGGCCCGUGUGAGAUUUUUGCGGAACAAUAAUUUGCACCUUUUUCUAAUGGAGGAUGUAAUAGAGAAAGCAAAACAUGUAAGAAAAAAGUAACAUGGCAUUACAUUUUUUUGUAUGACUUUUAUACUCCUUGAAAAGGUUUUGAGGAAUAAAGCCUCCAUUUUAUCCCGUUGCCCUGCAAAUAGUGACAUUCCUUUGAUCUGACAAUCUGAAAGAUUUCAGAGCUUUCUGUGAUCAUUGAUAUCAAAGCUGUCAUCAGAUUAUAUUUAACAGCAGCAUACCAACAUUUCACCAUUAUUGUACAGCUGUAAUCUACAGUUUUACAAUUUCAUUAUGUCCUUAAUCACCUAUGUUUGGUAUAAAGUUAGCCAAAUUCUAUGAUGACCAUCAUACCAUCAACCAUGUCUGGACCUCGAUGGGCUCUUUUUGGUUUUAAUGAACUAAAGGAUCCAGUUUCUGCUCAUUGACCUGAAACAGGGAUGUCAACCAUUUGAAGUCCCUGGUGUAGGGCCCUGUCAAACCUUCAUCCCCUCACAGAGCAUGAGGCAAAUCUUUGAGGUUUGGUUUAGUUAGCAACUACUGUAGUUUGUAUAAUAUCCUCAAAUCCCUUCUGAUAGCAUAUGGCCAGAUCAACACACCAGUUGUUCCCACCAGCUAUCUAGGCCAAGCUCUGCAAGGUGUUCAAAGUCCAAAACACACAAAAUUAAGAACAUAAAUAUGACACUCAUCAUCUCUAGGGUUGUUGAAAUAUAUCAUUAACCAAUGUACAACACCAGCCAAGCUAGCAGAAUAACUAGCUUUCCAGUUUACAUCUAAUUAGACUGACAUUACUAAGCAUGAAUUUAUAAAAAAGAACAGCAGUGAUCUAUGUGGGAUAUUUUAUUAAAAUAUAGAAGAUGUCAUUGCUGAAACUAGUUCCUCAGUUUGCGGUGCUCUAAUGAAUUUGUGCUCUGCACACGGGGCAGAUGGGGCUCUGCUUAACCCACUGAUCCACACAGCUUCUGUGGACGUUGUGGUUGCAGGGCAGAAUCGUGAGCUCUUCUCCUUCCACAUAAUCGCUCAGGCAGAUCCUACAAUCAAUUGCUGUCAGAAUCAAUGGUAUUCACUAUUUUCAGUAAUUUGUCAAGAAUUCCUUGGACAUUGAAAGGCUGGGGAUUAGGGCGACCAUGGGGCCACCUCAACCCAUCCCAUAACUACUUGUUUGCAGUAUAAUGCUAACUAGUUGAAAAUAAAAAGGCAAAAAUGAGGCGUCAUAAUCGCAAGUAUCUUUGGCUGACGUAUUCAGAACUGACUGCACACCAAUCGGCCUGUAGAUGGUGGAAUUGAGCAACGGGUUGCACUCAACAACUUGCACAGAUGCGCACAAGCACACACACACGCACGCACACACACAUCCAUGCACACACACACACACAUACAUACAUACAGAUACACACAACCAUACACAUACAGGAAUGCAUACACACACAAGCACGUACACACAGAGAGAGAAGCACAGAUGUACAGUACACAAAGGCAUGUGGUCCAGCACAAAUACAGUAUGUGGAAUGACUAGAGCAGAGUGAUCAGACAAAGAUGAAGACAUCUACAUGGACACACACACACACACACACACACACACACACACACACACACACACACACAGGGGGAAUGAUCUUGCUAUAGGCCUAUACCCAGGGCCCUGCAGCUCUGAUCUCUUCCAGUGGGUUAAAGCAGGAGGCCAGGGAGAUGAGCCCUUACAGCCCUUGCUGCAGCUGUGUUCAAAGCCCCAGUAUUUUGUAUUUGUAUUAAUAAAUACAUUAAUUUGUUUUGUGA